AUGCCAUUGCCCACUAUGAUACGCCCUGUCGAUCGGUGCUGGUGUGACCUCACAUCUGGAGGCUUCUUCCAACCCUUCAACGUCUCCAACUGGGAACAUCAGAGCGUCACUAGACUCAAGAACGAACUGGAACGCGCACAGGCAGAGGUCCUCGCAUCCACGAACACUUCCGACGCAAGUACGCCGAUGUUCAUGCCAGCCCAGAACGACCGUCAAUGCUGCGUCCAGGGCUCAUCCCCCCUUGCACAGUGGAUACGUCGUCUCAAGAUGCCUUCGUUCAAGGAGAUUUGGUCUCGCCAUCAGGCAAAGGGUGACGCCAAUAGCGAUCCACAGCCUGAACCUGAACCGCCUGCCCCGCAGCCACAGCAUAAACUGAUAGGGUCAUCCCUGUCCUUCCUACAACGAGACUUUGACUUGCGACCGUAUGGCUUGGAUCUCAUCAUUGAUUUUAGCUGGUCAUCCGAGCGACAGCCCUCCUAG